AUGGCCGUGGGAGAUCUAGGUAAAAGACUACCCGUUGAACAUUCAAAGCUGAUUUUUUCCCAUCCUCAACAGGAUUUUACAUUUGCUAAACAGUUUUACGAAGUACCGGUUGUAAUCACCACAGCAAGGCACGUAAAGGGAAGCGUUGAUGCUGACGACAAUGCUAUCACUGAAUGGGUGCAUCAAGUAUCAACCAGCGGCUUGGAUAUUUGUGUAAGGGACAUUCAACGCUACGAUGCAUUCCACGACCCCAUCACUGUUAACUUCUUGGCGAUAGGAAGUUUGGACCCCUGCCAAGAUUACUCUUGUUCCUACUAUGCAGUCUGCUCUGCCAGCACUCCGACAACUCCGACCUGCGUCUGUCAGCCUUGUCAUAAUCAUCAGGUUCAACCUAUUUGUGACGUGUUUGGAGUCACCUACCAAUGUCGUUGUGAAUAUAAACUUGCGGUUUGCAAGGCGCAGAAAUCUAUUCCAACAAGACACCUCGGCGGAUGCAAACCAUUUGUUUUUGAACGCGGUCGCGUUAUUCUCCGUUUGAACACAACCGAUGUGCAAUGUAAAACAGUUUCCUUCAAGAAAGCAGCGUUCGAAAGCGGCCGAGGAAGUGUUUACGUACAGACCUCCAUCAAUUUCUUUAACUACAGCGGCGACUUCAUCCAUGACGCUGCGGUGACCUGGGUCGAGAACGUGAAUAUCAACACUUUUGAGGUGUGCGCGCUUAAAGCAGGAAGGGCAGAGCGCUUGACACCUGAUGGCGGACUCACGUUUGUGGACUUCGUGGCCUUCCAAGAAUGUCCUGUUGGAGCGAUCGCCGGCCGACUUCAAAUGCCAUCUAAUUGGUGGGACGGAACAACUUGUAAAACAGUUGCAUUUGAAAAGCCAUUCAGCGAUGUCCCAUACAUCCUGUUGACCGCUGAACACAAAGUACUGGGUCAAAAACAUGACGCGGCCACUGUCUGGGUCGAGAAUGCUGAAAUAAGCGGUUUUACUGCCUGUUCAAGGGAAAUGCAAAACUUUGAUGGACUUCAUGAGAAUAUCACACUGAACUGGAUCGCGUUUAAUUCUCUUCCAUCAGAACUCUCUGCCAAACAGAAAUUCGUCGACUUUCCAAACAGUGAUCUGCCCAAAGCCGGAUAUCACAACGCAUACUGCGAGGACGUCAAGUUUGCCAAGACCUACUCAUCCACGCCCACGGUCAUAGUGUCAGCGUAUCACAGCUCGGGAAUAGGAUAUAUGCAGAACAUGAAGCCGGAAUACAACAGCAUUGCACCAUGGGUAGAGCAUAUCAACACCACAGACUGCCGAGUGUGCAUUAAAGAAAUUCACAAACCAAACGGAUACGAUCCAGUUAAAGUAGCCACGAUGAUGAUUGGAGAAUAAAGUUGAAAAGCAUGAGAAUUAGUUAAAACUGAAUAAAAUUGUUAUCAGAAAAAUAUUCAAGUGUCUUCAUGUUUUCUCCGUGGUGUCUCUCCUUUACACUAAAUGAAUGAACUUGCAGAGUUUAUUUUAAAGUACAACUAACCCCCAAUUUUUUUUUCGUCAAAUGGAAUCUACUAGUUUGCC